AUGCUUUUGUCUCGUAUUUCAUCCAAACGACUCAUUCCUCAUUCGUUUUUAUUACGUACAAUGUCUACUGCUGCUACAGUCAAUGAACGUGAGCAAGAGAUUGUUCAGAACCUCACAAAGAUUCGACACACCGUGGACCAACUCAAAGGCAGCAACACUGCUCGUCUAGUGGCUGUUAGUAAAUACAUGCCUGCCGAGGAUAUCGAGUAUGCCACUAAAACUGGCCAGACUCAUUUCGGCGAAAACUAUGUCCAAGAAUUAACAGAAAAGAGCCAAAAGCUUCCUAAAUCCAUCGAUUGGCAUUUCAUCGGUCAUCUUCAAUCCAACAAAUGCAAAGCUGUUGCUGGAAUUCCAAAUCUAUUCAUUGUGGAGACCAUUGACAGCGCAAAGAAGGCCGACACUUUGAACAAGGCUUGUAUUGCUGUUGAACGUAAAGACAAGCUAAAGGUGUAUGUACAAGUCAAUACCAGUGGAGAAGAAGCUAAAAGUGGUGUUGAACCUGCUCAUGCCCUUGACGUAUGCAAGCACAUUAAAGAGAAUUGCCCCGCCCUGGAGUUGUAUGGCUUAAUGACCAUUGGCAUGAAGGAUCGUGAUGCAACAAAUAAUCCUGAUUUUGAGAAAAUCGUGGAGCUUAGACAAGACAUCAAAUCAAAGUUGAACCUGGAUGUGUUUGAAGCUAGCUUUGGUAUGUCUGGUGAUUAUGAAGAAGCGUUGAAGGAUGGAUCCAAUAAUGUGAGAGUGGGCACAGCUAUUUUUGGUGCUAGAAGGAUUAAGCAAUGA